AGUCCUCCUCUCUCAGGAAGACAAAAUCUACUGGGGAAAAGAGAUCCAGCUUAGCCAGCUUGAGGUAGACCAAGAGUGAUUUAAAAAAAAAGGCAAAAAAAAAAAAAUAUGGAGGAAGUUGGAAAAUGGUUGCUUGCUUUGUUCCUGACUGCAGUAAUGUUGUAUUUCCUGAAACAACUGUGGUCCCGCAGAAAUUAUCCUCCUGGGCCCUUUCCACUUCCUUUCAUUGGAGUCGCAUGGCAGACGGGAAUCCGAGUAACUCCGACACUCUUAAUCAAGCUGGCUAAGCGAUAUGGAAACAUCUACACAAUAUGGUCGGGGCACAUGGCGAUAGUAGUCUUCUCUGGAUUUCAGGCAGUCAAAGAAGCCCUCAUUCAAACGGAAGACUUUGCUGAGCGACAGAUGACUCCUUUUUUUAAAGAGGCCUUUAAAAACAAGGGUAUUAUAUUUUCAAAUGGUCCAAACUGGAAGCAACAAAGACGGUUUGGAUUAAUUACGAUGCGAAAACUUGGACUCGGGAAGAAAGGCAUGGAGAAUCGAAUAGAAGAGGAGGCUCAUCGCUUGGUUAAAAUCUUUGCGCGUGCAAAAGAACAGCCACUGGAUCCUUCGUUGCCUGUCACUACUGCAAUCUCCAAUUUGAUAUGCAUUAUGGUUUUUGGGUAUAGAUUUUCUGCCAAAGAUGAAAAAUUCCAGAAAAUGUUAAGAAACUUGAAUUACUAUAUGAAAUUUGGAGGCAGCUUUGUUUACCUGCUGUAUGAGUUGUUUCCACGAGUGAUGAAAUACCUUCCAGGAUAUCAUCAGAGAGUGUUCCGUGCUUUAAAUGAGGUCACCUUGUUUGCCAAAGAAGAGGUAGAGAAGCACAGGGAACUCCAAUCACUGCACGACCCACAAGACUUCAUUGAUUACUACCUUCUUCAGAUGGAGAAAACCAAAGGAGACCCUGAGUCUGCUUAUGAUGAAGAGAACCUAGCUCAGUGCAUUGUUGAUUUUUUUAUCGCAGGCACAGAAACCACGGCCACCACCUUACAAUGGGCACUGCUACUCAUGGUGGCUUACCCGGAGAUCCAAGAGAAAGUCCGCAAGGAAAUAGAAGAUACGUUGGAUCCCACCCAUUCAAUCUGCUAUCAAGAUCGGGUGAAACUCCCAUAUACCUAUGCUGUGAUUCAUGAGGUUAUGCGUUUGAAAUAUGUGUUAAUUGCUGGCGUCCCCAGGCAAAGUGCCAAAGACGUGAAUCUCUAUGGAUAUCACAUUCCAAAGGGGACUUUGGUUGUUACAGAUCUGAAUUCAGUCCUUUAUGAUCCCAAGAGAUGGGAGACUCCUGAAAAAUUCAACCCACACCAUUUUUUGGACAAGGAUGGGCAUUUUAUAUCAAGGGAAGAUUUUUUGGCAUUUGGAGCAGGGCCUCGAGUGUGCCUGGGUGAGCAAAUGGCCAGGAUGGAGCUCUUCCUUUUCGUGACCAUCCUGCUGAGGUCCUUUAAGUUUCAGCUACCGGAAGGAGUCAAAGAACUCAGUCUAGAGCCCGUUGUGGGAUUAUCGCUGCACCCUCAUCCUUACAAACUUUGUGCUAUUCCUCACUGUCGGACUCCGUAAAAUCGAGAUGACUGCUGUAAAACUUGCUUGUUGGUUUUUACCUUUAGACCGAAAUUCUACCCUGAGCACAUUGCUUGGAUUUUUGCUCGUCCUAGAGGUUUCUUAGAAGGUUAAGAAAUAUUGCUAUUUCUUACCAUUUCUUUUUAUUUCCAUGCUGUUCUUUCUCUUGAAAGCGAUGAGAGUGGCAUACAAACCAUGGUACUACAAUCUGCUGUAAAAACCAUUACAGUUAAACUGUAACUAUAUUAGUGCAAAACUGUACAGGACAAACAAAACAAGGAAUCGAACAAUGGAAUUUCUGUGAUUUAGUAAACGGGCCAUUGGUCCUACUACUGGGCCAUUGUUGCUCUGCUAGUGCACAGGUGAAAACAAUGUUUUGAGUAAUGUUUAAAACAAGAUACCGGUAGACA